AUGAGUGUCGCCACGGCAGACGCCAACCGCGCGUUUCCCCUCCACGCUUUCUCCACGAAUCCGCUGCGCAACAGAGAUGAUGCUGUCAAGGCUGCGACGUCGUUACUCGAUCCGCUCUUGGCGGGCUUCUCGGACUAUAGUUCCAUGAUCAAAGUCGGCUCGACUGGAACUCGCUUUGAUGAAACUGCAGCGCAGGUCGAAGGCUUUGCGAGACCGCUGUGGGGUCUUGCGGCCUUGUUGGCUGGAGGUAGUGAAUAUGCUGCGACUGACAAGUUUGUUGAGGGCUUGGUGAACGGAACAGACCCUGAGAGUCCUGGAUUUUGGGGCUAUAUGGAGGAUAUCGAUCAGAGGAUGGUGGAGGCGUGCCCCAUUGGGUUCACGCUUGCUGUUGCAAACAAGCAAUUCUGGGACCCACUGACAGAGAAGCAGAAGAAGAAUGUCGAGACAUGGCUAGGCAGUAUGAACGGCAAAGAAAUGCCAAACACGAAUUGGCUAUGGUUCCGUGUCUUCGCCAACCUUGGACUUGCGAAGAACGGCGCAAACUGGAACAAGGACCUUGUCAAGUCAGACAUCAAACAACUCAACACUUUCUACCGUGGUGAUGGCUGGAGCAAUGAUGGACCAGAGCACUACCGUCAGAUGGACUACUACUCCGGUUCUUUCGCGAUUCAAUAUCUCCAGCUCCUCUACGCCAAGCUCGCCGCAGAUAUCGACCCCGAACAGGCCUCAGAAUACAAGGAACGCGCACGACUCUACGCCCAAGACUUCGUUCAUUACUUCGACCCUGAAGGUCGUGCAAUAACCUUUGGUCGCUCAUUGACCUAUCGCUUUGCCAUGGUCGCAUUCUGGGGAUCUCUAGCAUUCGCUGAUGUUGAGCUUCCCGCCCCCUUAUCCUGGGGUGUUGUGAAGGGAAUAUGGCUGCGCAACCUGCGCUGGUGGACGACACAACCCGACAUCUUCCAGUCCAACGGCAUGCUCACCCUCGGCUACUCAUACCCCAAUACCUAUCUUGCAGAGAACUACAACUCCCCUGGCUCGCCGUACUGGUGCAUGCUCGCCUUCGCUCCCCUGGCCGCCUCAAAAGACCACCCCUUCUGGCAGGCCAAAGAAGAGCCCCAUCCAUACGCUAAUGAGCGCAUCGCACGACCCCUAAAGCACCCACGCCAAAUCGUCGUGCGAAGUGGAGGCCACUCUUUCCUCCUUAGCAGCGGACAGUCGUGCCACUAUGCGAUCAAGAACUCCAACGCCAAGUACGGCAAAUUCGCAUACAGUUCCGCGUUUGCGUACUCCGUAUCCACGGGCUACCAAGAGCUAGAGCAGUUUGUUCCCGAGUCCUCGCUCGCAUUGUCCGACGACGGAGGCGAGCUGUGGAAAAUGCGCAGAGCGCACAAUGGCGACUCGAGCAUCGAGACGUUCGACGGACUGCCCGUGCUCGUGAGCAGUAUGAAGCCGUGGCCGGAUGUCGAGGUGCAGACCUUCCUGAUCCCCCCUACUGAGGAGACACCGAACUGGCAUGUGAGGGUCCACAAGAUUAUGACUGGCCGCGAUGUGUUGACUGCCGAGGGUGCUUUUGCGAUUCACGGUGCUAAGGCGUCUGAUGGACGGGUGUUCAGUGGAUUCGAUGAGUCGCUUCCUGAAGGCGGGAAGGAGGGCGAUCAGAGCGCCCUUGCUGCUUCACGUUCCGGAGCUGUGGGUAUUGCAGAGUUGUCAUCGGCGGGCAGGCUUGGACACAUCUUACAGGCAGAUGCGAACAGCAACCUCGUUGAGGCAAGAAGUGUAGUUCCGUUGCUGCGUAAUGAGCUAAAGGCAGGUUCGACUUCGUGGUUCGUUACUGCGGUGUUUGCGCUACCGAGCAGUGUUGAAGGAUGGAAGAAGAGCUGGAAAGAGGGAUGGGAUAAGAAGCCUACCCUGCCAAAGUGGGUACAGGAGGAGAUUGAUGAGAGCAAGUAG